AUGUCACCGUCUGCCGUCUUGGACAACUACACAUCUUCCGGGGCCUCGGACUACGCAGUCCAGAGCCCCUCCCACAACUUCAACGGCUACGACCAUAUCACCUGGUGGGUGGGCAACGCCAAGCAGGCCGCAGGCUUCUACACCACAUACUUCGGCUUCAAGACCGUCGCCUACCGUGGCCUCGAGACCGGCAGCCGCUAUUUCGCAUCCUAUGUCAUCGCCAACAACAAUGUCCGCUUCGUCUUCACCUCGCCGAUCCGGUCGGCCAAGUACCUGCCGGAGGAUGAGCCCAUCUCGCCCGAGGACAAGCGCCUCCUGGAGGAGAUGUACGCGCACAUGGAACGCCACGGCGACGCCGUGAAGGACGUUGCCUUUGAAGUCGACAGCGUCGACGGCGUGUACACCAAGGCUGUCGCCGAGGGCGCCGACGCCGUUCAGCCGCCCACCACCCUGGGCGACAAAGAGAACGGCCACGUGCGCACCGCGGUCAUCCGCACCUAUGGCGACACCACCCACACCCUCAUCGCGCGGCAGGACUUCCGCGGCGCUUUCCUGCCCGGCUUCCGGGCCGUGAACGCAACCACCGCGCCGGCGCUGAGCACGCUCCCGGCAGUCCCGCUCUCGCGCAUCGACCACUGUGUCGGCAACCAGGACUGGAACGAGAUGGUGUCGGCGUGCGCCUUCUAUGAGCAGUGCCUCUCGUUCCACCGGUUCUGGUCUGUCGAUGACAACGAGAUCAGCACCGAGUUCAGUGCGCUCAGCUCCAUCGUCAUGGCUAGCCCCAACAACGUGGUCAAGAUGCCCAUCAACGAGCCCGCCCCGGGCAAGAAGCGCUCGCAGAUCGAGGAGUACGUGCUCUUCAACAGCGGGCCGGGCGUGCAGCACAUUGCGCUGCUGACGACGGACAUUAUUGCCGCGGUGGGCGCGCUGCGCGCUCGCGGCGUGCAGUUUAUUGAUGUACCCAAGACGUACUAUGACACUAUCCGCGCGCGGCUCAAGACGGAGAAGCGCAACUGGGAACUGAAGGAGGACCUGGACGUCGUGGAGAGGCUCAACAUCCUGAUUGAUUACGAUGAGCAGGGGUACCUGCUCCAGCUGUUCACCAAGCCGCUGAUGGACCGGCCGACGGUGUUUAUUGAGAUUAUCCAGCGCAACGAGUUUGACGGCUUUGGUGCCGGCAACUUUAAGAGCCUGUUUGAGGCCAUUGAGCGCGAGCAGGCGGAACGGGGGAAUUUGUAA